UUUGUCUGUUUAAUUUCGUAUAUAAUGUAUUCUUAUAUUUUUCUAUAAAAUAAAAUUGUUUAUUUGUCCGAACGCAAAAUGAAUGCUGUUAUAAUGUUAUAAUAUAUCAAAUAUGUAUGUGAACACUGGACAAGUCGUCGUCAUUAGUAAUCAUUGGUAAUCAUUUUGGAGUGAUGAGACACAUAUGAAUAACAUACAGCAUCUUUCAUCAAUAACAUAAAAUUGUUGAACAUCCGAAUAGCCAACCAUACGGUAUUAGGCAGUAGUACAAAACUAGAGUGCAUGUACGACCUAGAAGGAGAAAAUUUGUAUUCAGUCAAAUGGUACAAGAAUGGGGACGAGUUCUUCAGGUAUUUACCCAAAAGCAAACCAAAAAUACAAGUUUUCGAAAAACGAGGCAUUUAUAUUGACAUCGAUAAAUCAAAUUCUAACGAAGUCGUGCUCAAGUCUUUAGAACUGUCAAGCAGUGGAACUUAUAGGUGUGAAGUGUCGGCGGAGGCUCCAUCGUUCCAAACCGUAUUCCAAGACAGAGAUAUGAUUACAGUGGCAGAAGGUCCACAUAUCGCCGGUCUUCACCACGAAUACAAUGUCGGGGACACUGUAAACGCCAACUGUACGUCGAGUAAGAUGCAAUUUCACGCCCAGCUCAUUUGGUACAUAAACAAAGAAAAGGCCAACUCUACGGUUGUACAAGGGCCGUACUACAAGGAGCACUUCACAGGUAACGAACGACUUGUGACAACUGUACUUGGACUCAGCUUUAAUGUGACCGAUGGUCAUUAUAAGAGUGGUGAAAUAUAUCUGAAAUGUGCGGCUAGACUUGCUUCAUUUUAUUUACACUCAGAUGAAAAAGUUGUUAAGUUCACCAAACGGCCUCCUACAGAAUCAAUAAUUUCUAACCAAGUUCAACAGGCUAAAAUACAAGAUAAAACUUCAAUCAGUGUACAAAACACACCGAACAUUAUUCAUCUGGCAUGUGUUUUGCUGUUCUGUCUGCGAAACAACAGAAAUGUACAAGUUGCAUACUAAUUACGAAGAAAUAAACACAUUAUUUGUAAUUGUAUUGUUAUUGUAAUUCUCAAAGUAAUCGUAGUUUAUAAUAACAUUGUAAUAUAUUGUUUACUUCCUACACAUUUUUAACGCAACUAUAUAGUGUUAUAAAUUAUAAUAUACUAAUAUAGGUACGAAAAAAGUUAUUCAAUUUAUGUAACGAGAAAAUUUUAUAUGUACCAUUAUAAUAUUAUAUAAUAUAAUAUAAUAUAUAUGUUAUAAAUUAGAUAUUAUAAUAUAACAUAAUAAUAUUAUAUUAACUUUUAAGU